AUGGAGCUCUGCGAGGGCGGUUCGCUCGAUGUCCUGCUCCGAGACGUCGACGAAGUUCUCGACCGGGCGACCACCGCGAGGAUAGCGGCCGAGACCGCCACCGGCAUCGCGUACCUACACCUCCCGGACGUGUCCAUCGUGCACGGCGACAUGAAGGCUGGGAACGUGCUGCUGACCAAGAACCGCUCGGUCAAAAUCUGCGACUUUGGGAUGUCCGAGGCGAAGAACAGGAGCAAGACGAUGACCGCGGCGAACGUCGGUCGGAGCGGCGCGGCGCUGACGGUCGCGUGGUCCGCCCCCGAGCUCUUCGAGGAUUCGCCCAAAUCCAACGCCACGGACGUGUACGCGCUCGGGGUGACGCUCUGGGAGAUUUACGAGCGUCGCGUCCCGUUCGGUAACAUGCCGGAGGCGGCGGUCGUCAGUCAGGUGAUGCAGGGUAAGCGCCCGGGCUUUCUCGAGCCCGAGGACGGCGACGGGGUGGAGGAACCCGGGACCCCGCGGCCCGUCCGCCGCAUCAUCGAGGCGUGCUGGUCCGCAAAGGCCAAGGAGCGACCCCCGGCGAACAAGAUCGCGUACAUCCUCAGCGAGCUCGCCGAUCCCAGCGCGGGCGGCGGCGGCGGCGACGACGACGUCUUCGCCGACGGUCGCACGCGUUGGUGGCGCCGGGGAAACAACAAGGUGGCUGCGGCUGACGCGGCGGUCAACGCGGUGCGAAGUUUCGAGGACGCGCGCGAGACGUUGGGUGACGCGAUCGAGAGCCGAGCGGCGGAGAGCAAGGGCAAGCUCGAGGAGAGGAUGAGAGCCGGAGGGAGAGGGAGGGUCGCGCCCGAGAAGGUGCCCGAGCCUGAGCCUGAGCCCGAGCCCGAGAAAGUGCCCGAGCCUGAGCCUGAGCCCGAGCCUGAGCCCGAGAAGGUCCCUGAGCCUGAGCCUGAGCCCGAGCCUGAGCCCGAGAAGGUGCCCGAGCCUGAGUCCGAGCCCGAGAAGGUGCCCGAGCCCGAGCGAGCGCCCGAGCCCGCCGAGCCGAAGCCCGACGACGAGCGAUGA